AUGGCUGCAGAGGUUCCCUGCGCCCCGGGCGCCGUCAUCCCCCUGCCAGCCUCUGCCGAGAGCGGUUGCUCGGACGAGUUCGCCCUGGACUGCACCUUCGCUGCCUGCGACCCCGAGCGUACAGGGCUGGUGCAGCCGCAACGGGUGGUGGAGUACGUGGCGGCCAUGACCGGGCACAGCGGGCACGACGGGCGGCUGCGGGCGCUGCAGCAGGCCCUGGACCCCGCGGCAGCGGGCACGGCGCUGGACUGGAGCCGGUUCCGCAGCGCCAUGGGCGCCUGGAUCGCAGCGUGCCGGCAGGACGGGUCAGUGCCCAGAGAUAGAUGGGCCCAGGGCCCUGUGCCAGCCGGACCGGUCAGUGGUGCUGACCCACGGCUCCGUCUGUGCAGGGCCGAGGAGCAGGACAUGGCCACUGGUGACGCUGGAGCAGUGCCAGCAGAGGACGAAGGACGCGCAUCCCCAGCAGCCGCCCAGCUCCAGGGUGACAACACGGACACCACCAGCCCCAGCGCCGAGGCCGCGGGGCUGCGGAGCCGUGCCCGGCAGCUGGCGGCCCAGAACACCAAACUGCAGCGGGACGCCGAGCUGGCCGAGGAGCUCAACGCGCGCCUGGCCGAGGAGAUUGCGCAGCUCCAGGCGCAGCUGCGAAGCAGCCGGCAGGCGCUGGAGCAGGCCAGGGUGGCCGUGGAGGAGCUGGACGACAUGAGGGCCGUGGUGAAGCGGCUGGAGGAGGAGAACACCGAGCUGCGGCGGCAGGCACGGCACGUGGAGAAGGAGCAGCGCAGCCUGUGCUCACGGGCCGAGGGCCUGCAGGAGGAGAACCAGCGGCUCCUCGCCGAGGGCCAGGGACUGCGGGAGCAGCUGCAGGCGCAGGCGGCUCGGGUGGCCAGCCUGGAGGCCCAGCUCUGCCGUGGCACUGCCCUGCUCUCUGCCCGGGACACUGCCCUUGCCCAGGCAGGGCAGAGGGCGCAGGAGCUGACAGCAGCACUGGAGGAGUACGAGCGGAUGGUGCAGGAAUUGCGCCUGGAGACGACGCGGCUGCGGCAGCAGCUGGGCCAGAUGCGGGACGCCUGGGCCAUGCGCCCGUGGUCCCCACGCAGCCAACUGGAGCUCCAGGCCACGGCGAGCCCGGACACAGGGGACAAGCAGGAGGAGGAGGACGAGGAGGACGCAGGGACAGCAGGAGGAGGCCUGGAGGGCAGCCCCGAGGAGGUGGCCAAGGCGGUGGCGCCCCAGGUGCCGCUGUCACCGUGGACGCUGCUGCUGUCACCGUGGGCUCUGGUGCUGCUGGCGCUGCUGGCCCUGCUCCACCUCUUGCCCCGCCAGUGGCCCCAGCCCCAGCUGCGCCACCGGAGCCCCCCGCCCCUGUGA